AUGCGGUACAAUCAACCCAAUACUCUCGCCUUUGACCGCAUCGUCCUCACUCCGCACACCCUGUCCACGGGCCUCAUCUCCCCACCGUCAUAUUCAUCUCCAUGGCCGCCGAACCCAUGUCUCGCGACCCCACCUACUACGGAUAGUACUUUCACCCCAGCACCUUCAACCCCAACUGCUUCUACCAAACAACUGCCAGAAUGA